GAGGCGGCUAGACUGGAAUUUAAGUGACUAGGCCAGGAAGAGCAUGUGGGAGCUGUGGCCCCAGCACUAGCCAGAGACCCUGGAGUCUUCACCCCAGGGUUGGGGGCCGAACCUGCUGAGCCGGGCCACCCCCUCUCCCACACCCACUCCCAGCACCUGGGGCCGACCUAUCCGCUAGCGUCUCCGCCUCCUUUGCUUCACAACCACGCAGCUCGUCCCACCCUACUCGGGCCCAGUACUCGGCUGCCUGCGGGACACCACUAUACUCCCAGCCCCGCUCUGGAGCGAGACCCGGAAGCUAUGGAGGUGCUGGUCCUGGCCGGAUACCGCGCGCAGAAGGAGGACGAGCUGAGUCUGGCGCCCGGCGACGUGGUCCGGCAGGUGUGCCAGGGGCCCGCACGGGGCUGGCUGCGCGGAGAGCUGGGGGGUCGUUGCGGUUUCUUUCCCGAGCGCUUGGUGCAGGAGAUCCCAGAGUCUCUGUGCGGCGCCGGGGAGGCGCCGAGCCCGCGCUGUGCGCGCCGCCGAGGUCGCCCCGCCAAAUCUCGGGGCCCCCAAAGAUGGUGCAAGGUGAACUUCAACUACAGCCCGGAGCAGGCAGACGAGCUGAAGCUGCAAGCUGGGGAGAUUGUGGAAGUGAUAAAGGAGAUUGAGGACGGCUGGUGGCUGGGGAAGAAGAACGGGCAGCUGGGAGCCUUCCCAUCCAACUUUGUGGAGUUGCUGGACAGUGGGCCCCCAAGCCUCGGGAACCCAGACAUGCCUUCAGUCAGCCCUGGUACCCAGCGGCCUCCCAAGCUGAGCAGUCUGACCUAUGACAGCCCUCCAGACUACCUGCGGACAGUCUCCCGCCCUGAGAUCUACAGGGUCCUGUUCGACUACCAGCCUGAGGCCCCAGAUGAGCUGGCGCUGCGGAGGGGGGACGAGGUGAAAGUACUGAGGAAGACCACAGAGGAUAAGGGCUGGUGGGAAGGAGAAUCUCAAGGCAGAAGAGGAGUUUUCCCUGACAACUUUGUGCUCCCCCCACCCCCAAUCAAGAAGCUGACCCCACGGAAAGUGGUGUCUCGGGAAUCAGCUCCUAUUAAGGAACCAAAAAAGAUGAUGCCCAAAUCGGCCCUCCCUACAGUCAGGAAGCUGGUGACAGCCCCCACUGGGCCCAGCAAAGCCAAGCCUUCUUGGACACCCAGCGGAGACAGUCAGAAGCGCCCCUCCCGAGACUCGGGCUCUGGUGGCAGCUUCCUCAGCGGGGGUGCAGGCCACCCUGGGAGAAAGGGAUCAAAAACCCAGGCUUCCCGGCAGCGCUCGGCAACCAGUCAGGAGGAAGAGCAGAACAGCCUGGCCAAGGCUUCUCCUGUGAAUAAAACCCCCACUCUGGACAAGACCCCCAGCCCAGAGAAGACUCUGUCUCCGGAUAAGGCCCCCACUCCAGAGGAAACCCUGACUCCGGAUAAGGUCCCCAUCUCAGAGGGGGCCCUGACUCUAGAGUUCAAGGCCCCAGUCCUAGAGAACCCCACCCCACAGGACAGCCUGACUCUAGACAAGGCCCCCAGCCCAGACAGCCUCAUUUCUGUGGAUGAGGCCCCUGCCCCAGAAGUCCCACCAGAGGAUGAAGUCCUUGGCCCAAAGAUGGUCCCUUCUGGGGAUGAGGCGCCCACCCUAGAAAAGGUCUUGACCCCUGAGCAGGUGCUCUCUGAAGAGGCCUCCGCUAGAGACAACACUGAGUUCCAUCACUUCUCUCCGGAGCAAGCCCUGCCGAAGUUCAAGUCUCUUGUGGCCAGUGAGGCCCAAUCCCAGGAGGUCCACAUGCCAGAGGAGCCCGAUCUCUGCAUGACAGCACACCUUCUGGAUCAGAGGGACAGCUCCCCAUUCCAGUCUGAGUCCAAGCCAGGGUCCAUGCCUGCCGUGGAGAAGGCUGCAACCCUCCUCAAGGAGGCACCUGGGAAGCAUGAGGGCACCCCAGAAGAGGCAGCACUCCCCAAAGAGGAGGUGCCCCCCAAAGAGCAGGUGUCCCCCAAAGAGGUAGCCUCUGCUCAAAAGAAUCAUUCUAUCAAGUCGAUUCCAGACCAAGAGACUCCCACCCUACUUUCCCUGGUCCCGCAAAAUCUCGCGGAUAGUAAAAGUGACAGAGGCGAUAUCAUGAGGCUACAGGACGAGAUGGAGACUUUAAGGAGGUCGCUGGAGCGGAUGGGGGUGCAGCUGGAGAGGAAGCUGACCGACAUCUGGGAGGAGCUGAAGAGCGAGAAGGAGAAGCGCCUGUUGCUGGAGGUGCAGAUGAAGCAGGGGACUCAGGAGUCCCGGACCCCGGGCUCCAUCCACGCGCAGACGCAGACGCACUGAGGAUGGGCCCGGCAGGGACUACGGCGGGACCUGGGGGCAAGUCAGGCUCCGGCCACCCACGUCCUUGCACACGACUUUGAAAACGCCAGAAAGUAAACUGCAGUUGGCCAAGCUGCGGGUCUGUUCCUGACACUGGGGCCUCCCCACGGAGGAGUUCAGGGGCUGACUAGGUCUUAGAUGGAGGGAAGAAGGUGACCCACUCAUGGCUUCCUUGAAUGCCCCUCAGCCCUGGGACAGCUGCUGGAAAGAGGGCACAGUGACAUUUGCAGAGUAAACAGUUAAGAGUUGGGGAUACGGAGUGCCGUCCUGGCCCUUGGUACUCACUUGGCUAAAUGCUACGUGCGCUUCCCCUUCAGAUCCUUCCAGUAACCCUGUGCGGUUCGUAGCGGGACUCCCAUCUAACGAGGAGGAAAGUACGGCUCAGGUGAAGCCUGGAUGUGUGGUCGCCUCGGAUGUAAGGGGUGGGGCCUGGAUUGGAACUUGUCUUCCACGGGGCGGUUCUAGGUCAUGGCUCCCCACGCAGUCAGACCCAAAGCUGCCUCUUUGUGAUACUCUGUAUUGAUCCUUUCAUGCUCCUGAAGUUAAAUUUGUGGCUAAAAUACCCACCUCCAUAUCUAAUUAAAAAUGUGAAGAAAUAAAAGGUAAUGGUAUGCUUUUGUGAUGUGUUCACUCACUGGGAACGUGGCAGCUCCGAGUGCAGACUGGCGCUGGGACCUUGCGCUCGUGACAGUGUCGGAAACGGGGAGGAGCUCUUGGUAAAGUUCUGAACGACACAAAGUCCAGAUUCCCUCCACUUUACACAGUAGUCGCGUUCCCCAAAGAGUCGGCGGACGUUAUAUCCACCAGUCCUUUGUGUUUAUGUAUAAAAGGCAGUUGGAUUCUUGGCUCUGGUCAUUGUAAACACAUUUCCACUCCUGUCGUGCAGGAUGUAGGAUCUGCCGUCCUUGUGGGGCUGUCUCUGGCCCCACCCUCUCAAUGCCAGCAGCACCCCCCUCAUUCUGACACCCCCCCCCACACACACACGGACACACAGAAAAGAGGCCGGCCCUCACGGAGCUCAGCAUCGGAGUUGGGAAGGUGGAUAGAAUCAAUAAUCGGACAUAUGCUAUCAUACCAGGCUGUGAUAAGCACAAUGAAGAAACAUAAAGCGGAAACCUUAAGGGGUUAGAGAAGGCCGGGUGUUCAGGGACAGCCUCUCUAAGGUGACAUUUUGAGCAGAGCCAUGCAAAUAAUCUGGGGGAAGAGCCUUCCAGAAAUAAUAGGCCGGGCAAAGGUCCUGAGGUGGAAGACUGCUCGGCUCCCUCAGGAUCAGCAAGGAGCCCAGUGUGGCUGGCACAGGGAGUGAGGAGGGGUGGGGGGCCCACAAGUUAGAGAGGAGGCCAGGUGUAGAGCUCUGUUUGUGGACCUUUCCAAACCACAGACGUUACUCUGGACGUUACUCUGUAUGGGACAGAAGCCAUCAGAAGUGCGUAAGCAGGAGAGGGACAAAACGGGGCAUGUAAAGGCUCAUUCUGGCUGCCCUGUGGCCCCUGGGCGGUUGUAGGGGAAGGGUAGGAGCAGGGAGGCC